AUGGCAUUUUCUUUACAAGUGAGAAAGUUAAAUCGAGGAAUCGCUAAAUACCAUAAAGACUUACUACAGCUUAUAAAUAAAGCUCAGCCAGAUGGAGAUAGCGUAAUAACUAAUAAAGGAUCCGAAACGUGUCUUCAUAGACUUAUCUACAUAUGAAGAAAUGACAAAAAUCACUUCAAAAUUAUUUGAAAAAGAUUGUUUACUUAGCAACCUCUAUCGUAAACAAAGUAUUUAUAAAUCUCAAGCAGAAAUUAUAUCUCAACUUCGAAAAGAACUAAAGGACUUGAAUUUUCUUGUUCAAAGUAAUUCAAAAAGAAUUUCAAGAGACCUGAAAAGGGUAGGAAUGAUUCUAAAAGAAUACAAGGAGAGGUGCAAAGAAGAUUUUGUGAUGUUUCUUAAGACCUUAGAUGCCGAUUUAAGAAAAGCGUUGCAGCCGCUUGUACCUAAUCAAGUAUUGAUUGAACAAAUCAAGUAUAAGCCUGUUAAUGAAAGCUUGGCAGGAACUUUAAAGUCAAGCCAGAAAAACGAAAAUGAGCUAGCCCCAAUGGAAAGUGAGGUUGAGGGUGCUGACAAGACAGUUGAAAUGCUAAAUAAUCAUAUUCAACUCUUAGUCAAUACACUUGAAGGUGUAGCAAAAACACUUAUCUCAAUUACACAAGGCACUGAUAGAAAAUAUUAUGAACUCGUCGACUCAAAAGAGCUGCAAACUGAGCCACCUUCUCCAUUGGCGGCCCCGCUUCCUGAUUAUUUUUCAUUUGAUGUAGUAAAUUUAUCAGAGGAGCAUAGAGAAUUUAAUUAUAUUCCGAAUCCCAUGAUAUUGGAAGAAACAACUAAGAAGAAAAUAAUUAAAAAGUUUGAAGAUAUACAAAAAAGCCCUUCAGAAGCCCUAACACCAAGAAAAGGAGAAAGAUUGAAGGUAAAACUUGAAAAGCUUUUAAAUAAGCAAGCAAAAGAAGCUGACAUUUUAGAUCUUUUUAAAGAAGAAGGAAUUCCUAUAAGCAUGAGAGAAGAAAUGGUAUUUGAAAUAAUAAACUCAACAAGAGGAGAUGACAGCUCUACAAAUGCUAAUGAAAUUCUUGAAGUCGCCGAUGUAGGCUUUCUUCGUGAUCUAAAUUCAAUAAAACGCACUAAUGUUUUUGAAGUUUCAGGCAAAAAUUAUUCGAAGGAGCUAAAAAUAAUUCAAGGAAAGGAUCUUACUGAUAAAUUUGAUGACACUUUAGCUGAUUUUGGGUCACUUGAUAGCUCAAUAGAUGAAAAAAUGGUUAGGCCAACGCCAAUUAAAACAAAACAAAGAUCCAGCAAGUUUAACUUUUCUAGAAAAGCCUCAGAAAGCUUGGUAAAAUUUUUGCCACCUGUUAGCAUUAAAGCGAAAGCUGAACAGAAAGAGCUGAGGCCAAAAAAAUCAGUUAAGGAUAUAAGAAUUAGGUCAAUAACUCCAGGCAAGCAGCCAAACGAUGACAAGAAGAUACCCGCUAAAAGAUCGAAAACACCUGUGGUUAAAAAGAAAAAAUAA